AUGCGUUACCGAAAUCCUGAUUUUGACGCUGUUGUAUUACAUCCCCGAGUUCUGAAAGUUGCAGCGAAUGGGUUGAGAACAAGGCAGGGUAAAAGGUAAACGCAACUUGACAGCGACGAAAAUGGCUACUUAAGAGCAAUCGCUUACAGACUUUUCAUAUCGAUGGUGUUUGGGUUCAUGGGAUUUGAAAAUUCAAGACCGCUUCCUGCUUGCGUAUACACAACAAUUCGAACAAGUUUUCCCAAGGCGAAAAACCCCCGAAAAAUUCUGGAUAUAAGUCGGCAGAAGAGAAGUAGACUAACUUUUGGACAUUUUCUAGGUUUCAAAGUUUUAUAUACCGCACUCUUUUUUUACCCACACUUACAUAUUUUAUUUCGAAACUAGGUUGAACUUUGAUAGGUUUAUUAAGUACUUUAAUAAUUCCUUUUUUAUUACACUUUAUUAUUUUACAAUUUACAGUGGUAUUAAAAUAAACAAAUUACUUGUUUAUAUAAUUAAUGCAUGAGUCACUGUAAGUAUGAUGUUUGAAUCCAAUUGAGUAUUCUGAAUGGGGUAAGCCGGUAAGGGUUUGAAACUUUUAGAAUUAAUUUGUCUCUGGGUAGGGAUUCGCAAUGAGUCCGUCUUGAGAAAAGUUAGUGUAGUCUACAGUAAACCUCAAAAUGUAAAGGGUUUGAACCUAUGGAGGGAGACAGUAUAUCCAGGACAUGGGGCAUUUCUAAAUAUUUGAACAAGGUGUCUGUUAAAUUCACCCCCUGUCGCAGCUUGUAACAAGUCUGCAAACAAGUUGUUACAAGUCUGUUCACAAGCUGUCAACAAGUUGUCUUCGCACUGCUUGUUCCCAGUUGUUGCAACAAGUUUGGAACAAGCUGUUAACAACUUGUAACAACCUUGAUGGCAUUAUCAGACCUGUUACAAGGUUGUUCUAACAAGUUUGAUACAGUCAUGAUAUAAGAAGGUUGUCAACAUAAGAUUGUAACAAUUUGUUAUUUCAAGCAUGUAACGGACUUGUCAGAACAACCUUGUAACAAGUUUGACAAUUUCGGCAAAUUGUUACAAGUUGUCAACAAGUUGUUCCAAAACUAUUGACAACUUGUGACAAGCAGUGCGUCGACAACUUGUUGACAAACUUUGUUGCAAGAUGUGAGAUUUUUGCGUGUGUACUCAUGCAUAACAUAAACUAAUCACCAUAAUAUCAAUAAAACAAAAUUACAUGUAUCGAACAGUUCAUCAGUUACUUUUGAGUUUAAAUUAUUAGCACUGUCCACGCUUGUGACCUUUCAUGUUUUUUUUGCGCUUUGUACACACCAUGUCUUUGGUACGUUGGUACGUUCUGGCCCAGAAACUGUCUGUUGAAACUGCUCUUGUUCACUCACUAUAAUAUAAGAAAAUUGAAAUUAACCCACUAAGCUGCCAUGUGGAGGUGGGAGUCCCAGGGGUGUGCGCAGCCUUGGUCAACGGGGGUGCAAGUGGAAACCAAUUUCCUUCUCAAGUCUAUGUUUUGAUUUUGCAAGGCAAAUAUCAAACAAAAAUAAAAUUGAGACAAAAUGAGAAAAUAACAUGAUUUUAAAAGGAGAUAAUUUCAUAUAACAAUUCGAAUUGUCAGCACUAAAUUUCCCAUAUAACACCACAUGAAGUAUUUCGUAUUUAAUGUCAUUUCGUGCCAAAAUGGCCCCAAAUCCCAAUUGAUUCAGCAAGUAAUGCCAAGUAUUAAAAUGUAACACUAUAAAACAGCAGUAUAUCGCCGGGUUUGAAUUCAUUUAUAAUCCUAUAAUGGAAGUGCUGCAUUGUGAAUACAGCAGAUGAAAAGGACACUAUUGAAAAACCAAUGUUGAAAGAGGUAUUGCCGUCCGUGGUAAUAUGGUAUUGUACCAAAUUGUAAAUAAUCUGUUGAUUUUAGUAUUUUACUAUAACUAUAACUAUGUCAGAUUGACAGUAGCCUUCAGGCAGUUGGAGCAAUGUAGCGUGAAAACAGACCUACUUUUAGCGGUUUUCUUAACCGCACUGACCGCCUAUCCUCCCAACAAAGUGGAAACAAAAAGUAUCAUUCAACCGAAACACUCAGUAUAUUAGUCAAUGAUUUUUUGCUAAAAUCGAUGGACAACAAAAUUAUACUGCUCUAGUCCUUUGGACCUCUCAAAACCGUUUGACAGCGUGGACCAUUCAAUCCUGUUAAAGAAACUAAGCAAUAUUGGGGUUUCAGAUGAAGACCUUAACUGGUUUGAAAGCUACAUUACAGAUAGAAAGCAGUUCGUUCGCGUUGGCUCCUCAGUAUCCGAAGUUUUUCCAAUCACCCACGGAGUGCCUCAGGGAGUAAAAUUGUCAUCGCUAUUGUCCUGCAUCUAUAUAAAUGACCUCUCAAGAGUACCACAAGCAUCUGAGUUGGAAUCAUUCGUCGACGAUUCUAAGAUCUUUAUGUCAUUUCCAAUUGAAGAUAUUGCUAGUGCAAAAACAAAGAUAGAAGAGGUCCUCAAAUUGGUCGCAACUUGGUUUUUCGAAAAUAAACUGUUGAUAAACCCCGAGAAGACAAAGUUACUCUUGAUCAUAGGAACUCGCCAACUGCUCGGAAAGCUCCUUGAGGGGACGUCAAUUACAUUUCUUGGAGAAGAGAUUACACCAACCACAAAUGCCAAAGACCUGGGAUUAACUCUAGACAGUUAUCUGACAUACGAUUACCAUAUCAAAAAUGUUGUAUCAUCUUGUAUGGCCAAACUGAUAAACAGAGUAAAGGAUAGCUUUGAUAGGAAUAGUCUUCGCUUAAUUAUCAAUGCUUUAGUAAUGAGCAAACUUUAUUAUUGCUCUACAGUAUGGUCAAACACUUCUGCAACAAAUAUAAAGAAAUUGAGAGCAGUACAGAACUUUGCUUGUAGGAAAAGAUAUGAUCAAUUAAUACCAGCACUACGGGCAAUUCGCUGGCUUGCUGUAGAAGAACAAUAA